UCAUAAGUUGGGACCGGACUCCUGGGGAUGACGCGCAUUUUGAUGCAGGAUCUGUAGUUCCGUAUGUUCCUGAUGCAGUAACAGAGUCCCCUGUAGUUCCGUAUGUUCCUCUCCCGUGACCUCUUCGAGUCUUCCCUGCAAAGGUCAGAAAAGCUGAAGCAGAUGGGGAAUCUCACAGUGUGAUUUGUGCUCUGAUGUGAAGGAUAUGUUCUUGGUUCUUUGCUCAUCACUUCACAACAAUCAUGUCCAUCAUUUCCCUAAUGCAAUAGAUGUGACUCUACCUAAAUCGGAUGCGGCCACGACGAUUGACGCGUGAUGGAUCACACAUCAGGUACUUGGCUGGACAUGGCUUCCAUGCGCCCACAGGCAGUAAUCUGGCGGCACUCUGCAUAAAAAGGCGGGGAAGAAGACACGCAACACCACCAAAACCAGUUCCAAGAAGAGGAUCAGGAGAACAGAAAGAAACAGUAUGCAGUGAGACAAGGAAACAGAGCAAGAUUUGGCAGUUGACGCAUCUGAGUACUCUCGAGGAGAAGACUGGUGAUUCGAUUCAACAUGAAGAAAACUGUCUUGAUUGGACGACUGAUACGUAUUUCUUGUCCUCUACUUUCUUUCGGUGGAAAUGCAAUAUGUUUGAUUUGAUCGAGACACUGAACAUGAAUUCAAUUUACUACAUUUUUGCAUGACAGAAUGUCUACUUUUCGUUUAAGGUUAGAAACUUUCACCUACUAGAACUCCAUGAACCAUCACAAUGCACUUUAUGUGUUUGAUGAAAUUGCUGUACGCCAUGUUGUAGUUUGAUGUUCUACGUCCGUAUACAAGCUGAACUAUAUCGAUCUCUCAACUUGUAGAAUUAUGCUUUAUUUUGGACCGAAUGCUGAUUGAUCUCAACUCAAGUCAUUGCUUAACCCAACAUACCCUGCAACUUAGCUUCCCUGCCUCUCUAGUUUUCCUCAUCACUGUGACCAACACUCAUCCAUGUUAUGACAUGCUUUUCCUCCAAAAGAUAGCAACAUGUUCCUAACUCGAGCUGUAGCAUGGCAUUUCACUUGGAGAUGGCAUGAUCCCUGGCUUGUCUCGGUUUGCCUACUGGUAUUUAAUUUAUAGAACAUAACACUAAAAAUUCACUGCUUGAUCAAUUUAUUGCAAUAUCGAAUAUAUAUGUAAAUCGAAAAGUAAAGAUCAUACAAAAUCUCAGUGACUAUAGGCACCACCUGAAACUAAUAAUACAGCACCUGUAUGAUCGUAAUGUGGGGCCUCAAUGCCUAAGACUAGAGUUCAUAUUUAAUCGAUGUCGGCUAUGUGCCCACUAGAUUGGGCGACAUCACAGUGUUAUAUCCUUUCACGAAUAUGAUCUUCUGAAGCUGUAAACACUGGUUGGAUUCACCUUCCAAUUUUUUUUCCUUUUUCAUGCUCAGCAUUUCUUCCUUGAGCCAAAGGAGUGGUACUCUUACUCACAGCAUUUGCUCAGAGCUGCUUCCGGAGACACCUUGGCUGAGAUGGUUGUUGCAGAGAGAAGUGGUGGAAGGGAAGACAAAGGAGUUGAGGGAAGAAUGGGGAUGGGUCCUAAAAAGCCUGCAGUAAAGGAUCUGCGAAGAAAUUGGUUGUGCCAUACCAUUAGGCAGCAGGCUAAUGCACUUCAUAUGCAUAAGGGAGAUCAUAAUCAUGUUUCGAUGGACACAAUCGCGUCACUCUUUUUUUCAGGCUCAACAAGUCAGCCAGGUAUCAAAGAUCAAAACUUCCAUGAACAGAUAAUGAGUGGCAAUACUUUGUUUCCAUCACUGCAGGAAGAAAGCCAUAACAAUGUUUCUCCAGCAUACUAUGGUGGUUUUUUGACACCGGUUGGAUAUGCUACCAUUGAUGACUGUGUGGGGAAGAAUGAACUUGAGGAGCAAACUGAAGUGCCUCUGCUAUCAUCUAUGCCACUUCAGUACAAUGUGGCUGACACAAAUGGCUUAGAGGAAGAUUUUUCGACUGUCAAUCUCUCUUCCUCUGCAUCAUUUCCAUUGCAAGAGAUGAAAAUUUCUAUGCCCAGAAACAAUUUCAACGUUUUGGCCAUGCAAAAUGUUACUGAAGUUCUAGCAUCCAAAACUGGUGGCAGCUUGAAUAAGCAAUUUGACUAUGUAAGGUAUUCUGAUGAAACUCUUAAACAUCAGGUUCCUUCUUCUACAACAAGCAUAGUUCAUCCUUCUUGUUAUAUCAAGGAAUUCUCAAAGCCUGAGUUGUGUUCGGAUAUACUUACUCCAAAAUUUCUUAGUUACUAUACUCCCUCUAAUGAAUUGUCACUUAGUCUUGGCUCCUCCAGACCUUCUAUGAGCAAAAUGCUAGAUAUCUCUGACCAGUUCUCAGAAAUUAAUUGCUCUGGAAUAGAUCAGGUGCCACCAAAGAACAGUAGAUACUGUUCUGAUGAGUUAGGAGAAUACUCUCUUGUCGUCAAUUCUUUGCAUGAUGUGCAGUUGCGAACUGGAACUGAGCUAGGAAAUGAUCAACACUGCCCUGGCAUUCAGGAGUUCUCUACAUGCAGUGGUCCUGUUAAUCUGUAUGGGAUACUGACAUCAAGAUAUUUUAGUGUGACUCAACAAAUACUCUCUGAGGUUUCGAGCUAUAUCCAGUUAGAUGACUCACUGAGUGGGAUUUCUUUCUCCUCUAGUUGCUCCAGUGAAAGAGAAUUUGUCAUUACAAGAUCCAUGGAUUUCCAGUCUUCAUUUGGAGACAUUGAUUCCCAGGACCAUGUGGAAAAAUUGCAAGCCCUUGAAACUACCAGGGAGAAGUCUCAGCUGCUGACUAUGCUUCAAUUGGUUGACCUCAAGUAUAAGCAGUGCUUAGAAGAAGUAAACGGUGUGAUAUCUCUAUAUGAUGAUGCAACCAAAUCUGCUGUUCCUCAAUUCUCUUCUGGCUUUGCCCUUCACACAAUCAGCAUGCUCUAUAAGAACCUGAGGGAAAGAAUCACUCGCAGCAUCCUUUUGGUGAAUCAACAAAGCGAGCGCAAGGAAGGACGAGUGAGAGCCAUCGAGUCUUCUUUUCUCCAGAGACACUGGGCUCUACAGCAGGUAAGAAGGAAUGAUUGGAGACCUAAAAGAGGAUUGCCUGAAAAAUCUGUCUCGGUCUUGCGGGCAUGGAUGUUCCAAAACUUCACUCACCCGUACCCCAGUGACGGAGAGAAAAAUUUACUUGCACUAAGAAGUGGAUUGACGAGGAGCCAGGUCUCCAACUGGUUCAUAAAUGCAAGGGUUCGCUUGUGGAAGCCAAUGAUCGAGGAGAUGUACUUGGAACUCGGUAAAAGGAACGGAGGAGAAGAUGGUGCAGAGGAAGAGUGCAGAAGCCAUGAGACCACUAAAGUCAGAGAAUCCAGUUGAGCUUGAUCAAUUUUUUGUUGACCAUGUAGAACAAAUCCAGUUGUUCUAUCUGUAGCUUUUAGUUGGAUCAGGGUUCUCCAUUACUAUCUAUACUGAUAAGGUCUUGAAUCACUCAGACCUCUCUAACUGUGGCUAUCAUGCUAGCCUGAAAUUAGAGCUUUAGAUUUAGGAGUUGUUGCCUUGGAUUUGUAGCUUGUUCUUGUGCAUUCAUGACCCGCCACCGGUUGUUGCACUCUGUGACCAGUAGCCGAGUUUUGGAUGUGAAGCGGUUCACGUGGCUGCCAAAGUCGUAGGCUUCGUGCCG